AUGUCGACCUCUGCCCGUAGCCCGCUGCGCCUCCGCGCCGCCGAUGACAUGCACCAUCACCUGCGCGACGGCGCGGCCCUCAAGCUCACGGUUGAGCAGGCGUCGGCGCAGUUCCGUCGCGUCGUGGUCAUGCCCAACCUCGUGCCGCCGGUCACGACCGCCGAGAAGGCAAUCGCGUACCGCGAGCGCAUCCUUGCGCAUGUGCCCGCGGGCCGCGCCUUUGAGCCGCUCAUGACGCUGUACAUGACCGAUGGCACGACGCCCGAGACGAUCCGCGCGGCCAAGGCGUCGGGUGUCGUCCACGCCGUCAAGUACUACCCCGCUGGCGCGACGACCAACUCGGACUCGGGCGUCACCAAGAUCGACAACAUCUACCCCGUGCUCGAGACCAUGGCGGAGAUUGGCAUGCCGCUGCUCGUCCACGGCGAGGUGACGGACCAGACCGUCGACAUCUUUGACCGCGAAGCCGCGUUCAUCGAGUCGGUGUUGAAGCCGCUCAUUGCGCGCUUCCCGCGCCUCAAGCUUGUCAUGGAGCACAUUACGACCGCCGACGCUGUCAAGUUUGUGUCCGAGGCGCCCGCGAACGUCGGCGCAACCAUCACGUGCCACCACUUGCUGUACAACCGCAACGCCAUCUUCCAGGGCGGUCUUCGCCCGCACAAGUACUGCCUUCCGCGGCAGCCCCAAGUUCUCCUUGGCACGGACAGCGCGCCGCACAUUGUCGAGAAGAAGCACUCGGGCUGCGGCUGCGCGGGCAUCCAUACGGCCCACGCGGCGCUCGAGCUCUACGCCGAAGCGUUUGACGCCGCCGGCUGUCUCCCGCAUUUCGAGAAAUUUUGCUCGGAGAACGGCGCGCGCUUCUACGGCCUGCCGCUCAACGACGGCAGCGUGACGCUGGCGCCGACGACGUGGACGGUCCCGGAGUCGUACGCCUUUGACUCGAGCGCCGUCGUGCCGCUCCGCGCUGGCGAAACCAUUGCGUGGAAGAAGGCCGACUAAGUCCUACCAUCCAUCGAUUCCACGUCUUCUACGUUGCC